GAAAAAUAUUAGGAAACAUAAUUCUCUCUUCUUCCUUCAACUUGAACCUCUUUUCAUUCUCUUCAAAAUUAGUAAACAAAAAUGGCAAUCAAGAAAACACAUUUUCCUUUCUUAUCUCUCUUUCUUUUGAUAAUCAUUAUAGAAUUCAACGUUGUUCUUGGCUACGAUCGACCACCACCUCGUAAAACCAUAUUUACCUUUGCCGAAAGUGAUGACUCCGCGCCACAACAGGUACAUAUAUCGCAAGUGGGCAAAGACAAGAUGAGAAUAUCAUGGAUCACAGACAAUGCAACCCUAGCAAAAGUGGAAUACAACGAAAAUCUUUCACAAAACACGGUUUCUGCCACUGGAAUUACCUCUUCUUAUCGUGAUGGUUUUUAUAUGUCCGGUGAAAUUCACGAUGUUGUGAUUGGUCCUCUCAAGCCUAACACAACCUACCAUUACCGUUUGGGUGAAUCAGCUAAUAAAACAUAUAAUUUCAAGACUACACCUCAUCAAUUUCCAAUCAAGUUUGCAAUAGUUGGAGAUCUUGGACAGACAGGGUGGACAACUUCAACUUUGAACCAUAUAAGUAAUUCAAGUUACGACAUGUUGCUAUUACCAGGAGACUUAUCCUAUGCUGAUUUUAUACAAAAUCUAUGGGACUCCUUCGGUCGUUUGGUUGAGCCAUUAGCAAGCAAACGACCGUGGAUGGUCACACAAGGUAACCAUGAAAUCGAGAGGAUCCCACUCAUCCAUCCUACACCAUUCAUAGCAUACAAUGCAAGGUGGAAGAUGCCAUUUGAAGAGAGUGGAUCAACCUCUAACCUUUACUAUUCAUUUGAUGUGUCUGGUGUUCAUGUUAUAAUGUUGGGAUCUUAUGCUGAGUUUGACAAAAAUUCUUCACAAUAUAAAUGGCUUCAAAUGGAUUUACGGAAGAUAAAUAGAAAAAACACUCCUUGGGUAGUGGCAUUGAUUCAUGCUCCAUGGUAUAAUUCUAAUAGAGCUCAUCAGGAUGAGGUUGAAUCUGUUGACAUGAAGGCUUCUAUGGAAGAGUUGCUUUAUAAUGCCCGUGUUGAUGUUGUUUUUGCAGGACAUGUUCAUGCAUACGAACGCUUUACUCGAGUUUAUAAAGAUAAAAGUGAUAAUUGUGGUCCAGUACAUAUUACCAUUGGAGAUGGAGGCAACCGUGAAGGACUAGCCAGAUGGUACAAAAAUCCUAAGCCAGAUAUAUCAUUGUUCAGAGAGGCUAGUUUUGGAUAUGGCUCAUUAGAAGUGGUUAAUGCAUCACAUGCACUUUGGACUUGGCAUAAGAAUGAUAAUGAUGCAUCUGUUGCUAGUGAUUUUAUUUGGCUAACAAGCUUCUCCUCUAAUCCCACUUGUAAAGUGUGAUACUACUUCUUUAGAAAGUAAAAUGUCCUAGAAAUAAAUAUUAGAAUGUUGCAGCUAGUUAAUGGUUUUGUAUAAGUUAAUUACUAUUUUAUUGUAGAACAUUUUCAGGUAAAUAAUAUUAUAAAUAUA